CUCUUUGUCUCUUUUGCACCACCGUCCGCAGCACCCCAUCUCUUUCGCGCCGUCCUCCAUUACAUUCCUGUUUUUGAGUUGAGCAUCGCGAUGCGGGCGUAAUCGCUGGAAUUUUCCUGUGGAAAAGUCGUGAAAAAUUGUGCCUUGCAAGUGCUUGAGUGAUUGAGUGAGGUGAUUAAAGAGUGCCGUGAAGUGCAUUUUGUUUCUGCAACGACGACGCCUACCUGUUUACCUUUUUUUUGCGGUCAAAACAAAUGUCAAUCUUGUAAUGCCAUAAGUGAUAUCUGCCAGAGAAAAUUGACAUGCACAGUCUUCAGUCGCCUUUCCACUAGUUGCAUCCCCUUGUCUCUUCCACAUCUAUCUUCGAGGUUCUUUCGGAGCUAAACACCGCUUAUCCUGAUUUAUGACGCUGAGUGUUCAAAUCAUCUGACAACUGGUGACCAUUUAUUCAUAGUCCCCGAUCCCCCCCUUUGGCCCAAUUGUACUUUUUUAGGUAUAGGUUUCUAGGUUUGCUGGAGUCCUUGUUUUAUUCACAACCCGCACAACCAGACGAAUCCUCAGGUGCUAAAAGAGAUUGGUGUAUCUGAGGUGUUGUUGAUCAAAGAAUCCCUGAGCAUUUUUGAGAUAUAUAUAUAAAAAAAAUAUAAGUGAAGAUGCCAUCUGAAACACCACCCCCUAAAAUCCCAUCACCAAGUGCAAGUGUAUCGGUGUUGGAGCAGCAACAGCGUCCAAAAACCCCAUCAUCAGUGCCACUAGUGUCAUCCACACCAUCCUCAUCUUCCCAAUUGUCCCACCUCAAUCCAAAUUGUCAGCAGGGUCAGCAAACGGGUACCACGACAGCCACCCAACAAGAGCAACAAUCAUUCUCGAGUUUGCCCACCACAUCACAGAAUCACUCUGAGCCACAGCAGUUUUGUCUCAAGUGGAAUAGCUAUCAAUCGAACUUGACGAGUGAAUUUGACCAAUUGCUGCAGAAUGAAUCCUUUGUCGAUGUCACACUCGCCUGCGAUGGUCACUCAAUUAAGGCCCACAAAAUGGUACUGUCCGCAUGCAGUCCCUAUUUCCAGGCACUCUUCUUCGACAAUCCAUGCCAGCAUCCCAUUAUUAUUAUGAAAGAGGUAAAAUGGCCAGAACUCAAGGCUGUUGUUGAGUAUAUGUACAAAGGGGAGAUAAAUGUGAGUCAGGAUCAGAUAGCACCCCUAUUGAGGGUUGCUCAGAUGCUCAAAAUUCGCGGUUUGGCUGAUGUCAAUGGUGAUCAAGAUGUCAAUACAUCGGCAAGUUCUGGGGCAUCGGGUUCGGCAAAUGGUGGCAGCCAAUCUGGAAGUGGUGCAGGUGGUGGCAAAACGGAUAGCAUUAAUGUGAAGAAGCCACGUCUUGCGCGUGAUUUUGACGUCCACGAACGUAGUAGCAAUAAUGGUGCCGGCGGUGCAUCUAGUAGUUCAAGUGGUGGGCAAAGUAGUCGCGAUGGUGGUGAAAAUUUGACAACUACCGCGAGGAGUGGCAGAAAGAGACGUUGGCUAACUGGGGAGAAUCAGACAGGUGCCGGAAGUCCCGUAGACACCUCUACACCUGACAAUUUGGAACCACCAUCUCCCAUUCCCAUACAAAAUCAUCCAAGUUCAAGCAUUACCCACCCACCAACAUCUACCCCAACACCAUCUAUGCCAUUUCCCGUUCCACCCCAUCUAGACACCAUGGGGUUGUCGUCUUUGGCGCUCAACAAUCCAGACGACAUGGAAAUCAAGCCGGGAAUAGCCGAAAUGAUACGCGAGGAAGAAAGGUACCCCAUUAAACGAAAGGCGAAACUCUUGGAAAAUUCACAUGCUUGGUUAGGUGCUUCAACGUCCUCAAUUGCAGAUAGCUACCAGUAUCAGUUGCAGUCGAUGUGGCAAAAGUGCUGGAACACCAAUCAGAACAUCAUCCACCAUUUGAGAUUCCGGGAACGAGGACCACUCAAGUCCUGGCGUCCCGAGACCAUGGCAGAGGCUAUUUUUAGUGUUCUGAAGGAGGGUCUGUCCCUAUCGCAGGCCGCUCGCAAGUACGACAUCCCCUAUCCCACGUUCGUCCUCUACGCAAAUCGUGUCCACAAUAUGCUCGGGCCCUCAAUCGAUGGGGGCACCGAUCUGCGUCCCAAGGGCCGGGGCCGUCCACAGCGCAUCUUGUUGGGCAUCUGGCCAGAUGAUCACAUUCGCGGGGUCAUCAAGACUGUUGUCUUUCGCGACGCAAAAGAACUGAAGGACGAAUCAAUACCAAUGGGAUACGGACGACAUUCGGAGGGCGCCCUCAAUUACUCUGGCAGUCCCUGUACCAAUGGACUUGGACCCCAGGCUCCACCUGUAACAGGUCCUGAGUCCAUGUCGCCAGACGCCGCGGCGGCUGCUGCUGUAGCCGCCGUUGCCCAUGGCAUUCGUCAGCAGAUUCAAAUGGCUGCUGCUGCCCAGCACCAUCCUGAUGCGGCCAAUCUCGUGGCGGCAGGAGGCUUCAAUCUACCGGCCCACCUCAACAUCCACCCCAAUAACGGAGGCUCAGCUAGUAGCAUCCCAAUGCCCAAACUCGGCUCCCCGGCAACUCCAGGGCAACUGAGCAGUGGGAAUGGAAGUGGUGCAAUCCCCAUGCCACGCCACGGAUCACCAGCAUUGGCAGGUGGAGCUGGUCAUGGCCUAGCGGCUCUGACGGGUCUCCAUGGUCUACCAGGACUGCCCAGUGUUUCAGUGUCCACAACCAGGGAGACUGUGACGAGUAGUGGUCCAGCUUCGAGUGGCACUGGAUCUCAGGGCCAUAUGUCCUCUCCAUUGGGCGGCGGAGGGCUCAAUAUUACUCGCCUGGCGUCACCAGGUUCUGCCCACGAUCUCCGCAUGGCCAGUCCCGAUGACAACUCCCUCAAUUCCUCCCUGGAGAUGGCCCUCGAGCCGGCCGUAAAUUUGGCCGUCGGCGUCAGCGGUAUGUCCUACAAGUCCCGUGGUUACACUUCACCACGACAGGACAACCUCUUCCAAGAGGACAUUUCUGACAUUGUGGGUGCCCCACGAUCCUGCCCAUCACGCCUCAGUGGCGGCUUCAAGGAGUCCGGGGGCGUUAUCAAGUUGGAGCCAGUGGCUGAAUGCAGGAGUGAGUGAAACGUGGCUGAUGAGGAUGAACUCGCAGGAUUUGACCCCACUGGACUAUUCCCAUUCUAAAUCCCCCUUUGAAAUCCCUCCUUGAGUGUUUUUGCUUAAACGUUCUCGGAUGUCUUUCCUUUGCGUGGCAGAGUUGUAAAGUUUGUAGAUAGGAGAUAAAGAUUUUUCGAAAUAUCCUCAAUUUAUUGAGUUGCAACAAUUGCAAUAUGGAAGAUUUUCAGUAUUGAACAGGAUUCCAGUGAGUACUUUUAUUUUUUUUAAAGUUUUUUUUUAAGAUUUUUUUUCUUGAAAAUUCUUGAAUUAUUUACGUGGAAAAAUUAAGCCUAAUCUUAUGAUUGUUUACUUGAAAAAGAAAUAUCAUUUGAUUUUAUAAGAAAAUGCAACUCCAAGACAGAUUUUUACAGCAAUUCUAACCUCAAAUUUUCCAUAUUUUCUCUAUUGAAUGUUGAACGAUAUUGAAACUGAUUCUACUUUUGUCAACAUGAAAAAUUUACACUAUCUAAAUGGCAUUGAUUUGGAUUAAUUCUGCCGUUUGGUCCCAAGAAUUUCAAAAUGCAUGAAAAGAUAUUUAGAGCCUACAAAUACAGUAGAUUCUCGCUCAAUCGGCUCUUUUUCAAUCGGGCGAAAAAUUUUGUUGACAAUUUUCACAAUUAAUUAUGAAGCUAAUUUGCUCAAAUUCGCUGUAGUUCUUCCUAUUUUAUCGUGAUUCUUUAUAAUUGAACGCUUUUUGUGGAAUUUACAAAGGCUUUGACGCCCAAACCUAUCGAUAAACCGGAUGACAUUUCGCCCCAAAUGCCCAUUUGAGAGAGAGUCUACUGUAACAUAUAUUUAACCUCACAAAAAAACAUUCUGGUUGUUACUUACGAUAUAAAAUAACCAAAUUAUGUUGGUUCUUUGAAAUAGGAAUAUUCUAAUCCAAAUAUAAUACAACACUGUGAAGAACUUCAUUUUCAUUCCGAAAAGGAACUAGACGUAGGAGAAAUUUCCCAUGAUUUACACGGUCCCAAGCUUCAUAAUUGCUAAAUUUUUUCCUGUUUCUGAAUAAAUAUGACUGCAAUAUAUUUUAAAAACAGGACACUGUCCCCUAGUUUUUAAAAUAUGGGUACGACGAGUCACAUUUAUUGAAAAACGUAGAAAAUAUUUAGUCAUUAUGAAGUUUGGGACCGUGUGUAAAGCAUGGGCACUUUCCCCUACUGCCAUCCAUUGUCGAGUUUAAUAAAUUGUGAAUGGAACAUUAAUGGCACUUUUUACGUCAUUGAAAAUUAAACAUCUGUCACAUUCACAAUUUCGACCCUCCUCUUUAUUUGAUGAUCCAGAGGAAACAGGAAUGGAGAAAGGCCAUUGUAGAGGGUAUCUCCUCGAGAAAAUCCCUUGUGAGAGUGUGGCCUAUAUACGUACUUGCUUACAACCUCAUCUUGCUUGUUCCCAAACUAUCUGAUUCUAUGAAUAAGAUGAAUAAUACUAUGAAUUCGAGUCUCAAAAGAAAGAUGGUUGAAAGAGAAAGAUGCCACAAACGGGUUGAUUUUUACUUCUUAGUGGAGGAGGACCUACCAACAUACCAUAAAAAUCAUCAUUGAGGGAUUGCUUUUGGGAAAAUGAACUAAUACCAAAGUACACCACUCCAUGUUCUUGUAUACGAAAAGACAUAGAGGCUAUUUACACCGCCGCAUUAGAUUGAGAUUGAACUAUCUCAAAAUCGGAUUUUGGGAGAAUUCGGUCUCAAUUUAAUGCGGCAAUGUACAUGGCAUCAAUGAAACCGUUUAGAUUGCUAGCUUAACUCAAAAUUAAACUGUUCCAGGAUCUGAUUUUGGGACAUUUCAAUCUCAAUCCAAUGCUGCGAUGUAAAUGGCCUCAUAUUUAAACUCGGUCACACUUUAACCUUUAUGAAUAACAUUACACGGUCAGUAAUAUCACUAAAGUUAAUUCUUCCUUUCAAGAUUAAGCUGAAAAUGCAAGAAAUUUUUAAAUUCAAAGUGACAGUAUUAUGAUUAUCGGAUAGCAGAAGUUCAAUCGAGUAUUUAAUUAUAUUCUUUUCGCUCGAAAUUCUUGUUUUGGGAAGAGAAGAUAUUUUCUACAUUCUAAGUUGAUCCUGGUACGAUCAAUGAACUCUGCUUUUUAAUUUAAAUGAAUGUCGUUUUUAACACAUUCUGAAGAAAUUUGUUAAUGCCCUAUAGGGGAUUCAAACCCGGAACACUUUUAACAUAGAGCAAACAUUCUGAGUUAAUUCGACUUCGUAGCUUUACUCAUAAUCAAGUUUAUAGCAAAAUCAUUUGAAUUCUUCAACCUAAAUUCAGGUGGAAAUAGAGAAAUUAAAAAAAGUAUAUACCUUAAUUAUUGACUCAAAAUUAUAAGGAAAAAGACCGCCGUGAAUACAAUUCAAUAAGGAGACCAGUUUCUUAGGCUGCAAUGUGAGGUUAUUUUAUGAAACUACUGCCAAUUAAAUAGUUUAUACUAUAUUAUCUUCUAAUACAUUCUCAGUUACUGUCAAGGCUUAUAAUAUAUUUAAACCUGUCGUCCAUCUGCCGAUUGACCGAAAAACGAUUAGCGAAGACCGAGAAAACCAAAAAUUGCAUUGUGAAACUCGGGAAACGAGAAACGAGUUACAUCUUGAUAUCAGUAAAACAUGGACUCCGUAGCUCUUAUCAGAAAUUAUGCUAACUGACAACUUUCCAGACUAAUAUUAUUUUUAAUUGUUUUUUUUUUUAUGUAAACAGCAAAUUUUAAACGUUUUUUUUAAUUACCAAUAUUGGAAAAAACAAUUCUCUCUGUCCUAAAAAAAAUCGUACGUUUGGGAUGAAGAAACUAUUUUAAAUAUUUUAAAUAUAUUCAUAUAUAAAGCACUGCAGAACAUAAAUAAUUUACGUUAACCCUUUAACGACGAGACAGUUUUCACUGAGUAUAAAUCAGCCAUAAAAAUGAAGCCGAUAAACAAAAUCAGUAAAAGGUCUCACAUCUAACCUUAGGAAAUCCAACAAAAUCUGAUUUGGUGUAUUUUUUCUCUUUAUAAACGAUAGGGACAAAGAUAGCCCAAAAAUUUAUGUAAUUUUUCUGACUAUACCAAUGACUAAAUUUUCACUCUAAUGAAAAAUAUUAUGUUUGAGUAUUGUAGUUUCUUUUUUCGCAAACGGUUUUGCUUAUAAAACAUUGGAAGUAUAAAAAAUAAUUAAAUUCAAUUUUCAACAUGAGAAUUUAAAAAUUCGUCAUUUUUUAUCUUAAAAAUUUACUGUAAUUGUAAAUAGCUGGAGACUUGCAAAAAAUAUCCUAGAUACCUUCAACCUUCUACUUUACAUACAAACAUAAGAUAAAAAUAACUUCAGGUAGUCAGGAAAAAAUAUUUUCUUUAUGAGACACCGGUGUUCCAAUCGUCCUUAAAGAGUUAAGAGAACCUUUAUAUACUCAACGAUUUUAUCCUGAAAAACAACUUUUAACCCUUUACGAGUGGGACACCGGUGUCCCACUCGUCCUUAAAGAGUUAUCGAGUAAUUUCUUUUCCAAAUGUACAAUUUUUUUUUGACAAAAGGAGUAAUAAACUCUUAAUUCGUUCAAGAAAAUACUUAAAAAGUAGAUUUUUCUACCAAAAUAUAAGUAUUUUCCCCAAGAAUAAAAAAAUAUAACAGUUAGCAUAGUUUAUAAUACAAGCAACGACAACCAAAAAGUUUUCUUUCAAUUCAAAAGUAUGUCAAAUUCUAACUUUAAAAUAUUUCAAUCUUUUGAUAAAACUUAAAAACAAAGAGCCUAAUUGUGGUAAAAUUUAUAACAUGAAAAUUUUUAUCUCUUAUCUAGAAAAUUCUACAACUCUGUUAGCAAAGCAAAGAUAGCCGAUUGUAAGAAUUCAAGCUUCAUAAACGCUUUCUGUCUUGCUAAAAUAUUUUAUGAAGUAUCAAUGUUGAAAAAAAACAGCUCACAAUCUGCCUGUGCAUUUAAAAAAAAAACUCCCUAUCCCUCUGAAAAUCCUAUUUAAAACAAAAACAAUUCCUUUUCUAACCCGGAAAAUAGUUGGAUAAAUCACUCAAGCACUUAAUGCGAUGUGCAAUAGUCGCCUAAUUGAAUUUCUCUCAAUUAAACACCUUCUUUUCUCAGCAUUUUUGACUAUGCUGAAAGGCCAAGAUUCCACAAAAAAAAAGGAAUAAGAAAUGAUAAAUCGUGUGCAAUACUAAUUGAGAGAGCGAGAAAGAAUUUUAAGAGGAAGGUUGAAAGAAAGAGAAGCUUAAACGUGAUGAGUUCAAAAUUGCGUCUCAAUUUCAAUUGAAGCCCCCACAGCGGUUAAAUAAGUAACGAUUUUGAAAAAAAGUAAAAUUUUUAAAAGACAUUCCUUUUGAGGUUUAUUUACCGUCUCAUUUGUCUUUAAGGUAAGUUUAUCAGUUGAAUUUAUUUUAUUUGUGCAUUUUCAUUUUAAUUCGUCGUAAAGCAUUUAAAUAAAAAUAAUAACUGAUAAAUAGAAGCAAAAACCAAUCAAUGUACAAAAGAUUAAAAAAAAGAAUGUCGUGGAAAUCAAGAAAGAAAAAAUGUUUUAAAUAAAAAAAAACAAGAUUUGGAAAUAGAAAUUUCAAAUUGCCUUCUAAUUGUGACACAAUCUCACUUUAUCGAGUAUUUUGUAGGAAAUGAAGUAACAAGCGAAUGGCGGAGAAAAAAAUAAAAUUAUUAAAUUUAAAAAAAAAUGAAGAGGAAUCAUCUAGGACAAAUAAAGAAAAGAAAUUAAAAAAAAACCUUUUGGGAUAAUUAUAAAAAAAACUAAAUUGUAAACGUUGAGGACAACAAAAUUAGAUGAAUAUUGUAAGUGGCCACUUUUUGGGACUGAAUAACUUUUUUGGCAAAAAAACAAAAUGAAUAUGAAAUAUGUAUAAAUUUUAGGCAAAAAAAACUGCAUAAAGAUUGACGACUUUCGGUGAGGGAGACAAAAAUCUCAUGAGGGAUCAGCUGUUUUUUUGGCGGGAAAAAGCUUUCUGAAAAAUUUUUAAUCCUCUUUGUUGUUAAAUUUUUUAAAUCCUCAAUAUCUCUCCGGAGUCCCUUUGAGUGCCUGACUUUUGCGAUGGAAAAGUAAAUUUUAGGAAAGUAAAAGAAAAAAAACGUUUUCCGUGUAUAUACGCGCCUUUUUGGAAACAUUAUGAAUAAUAGAAAAAUAAAUAAAUUACUGAGAUAAUUAAUUCUAAAAGAGAGUCUGGAAAAAAGAUAUUUUAAUAAAGAGAAAAAAAGAAUCAUUAGAUAAAAAUUAUUGUACAUAGAGAAUAUGAAUUUUUUAGGAAAAAAAAACAAAGUUUAUUCAAAAUUUAUCACACUUUCCAUCGCAGGAUCUCAAAGGUCUUCCGGCAGAUUUUAUGGGAUUGACUAAUAAAAAAAAUCUUGGCCAAUGUGUUCAAAAAGAAUAAUAAAAAGAAAUUAUGUAAAAUAAAAAUUCGUCAAGUAGAAAAGUGCCUUCCAGAUCUUUCCGGUAAAAUUUAUCCUCUUUUAAAAUUGUUUGUGAUAUUAAAUGAAAAACUAAAUCCAAAAUUGUUUUUUCUACUUAUGCCUGUGUCUCAUGAGAUUUCUUCUUUUUGCUACAAAAAAUAAAUUUAAUAAAAAAAAAUAUUAAAUAAAAAUACUCGUGGAAAUUGAAGAAAAAAUCCCUCCCCCGAAAGAGUCAUCAAAAUUUUGUACAUUAUUAAAUAUUUUUAGGAAAAUUAUUAAAUGCAAAAUUUAUCAAAAACAAAAAGAUAAAAAAAACACAUGAAAUCUACACAAAAUUAAAGAGAUAAAAGAAAAUUAUUGUAAAGUUUAGGGGAUUGUGUCGAUGACCAGAGAAAAGUGAAAAAUUUAUUUGGUGAACAAAAAAAAAUGAAGAAAAUUUAUUAUAUUAUUAAUAUUUACGUAUUUUAGAACAAAAAGAAAAGGAAAAACAAAGAUGAAUCAAGUUGAGCGAAAAUGGUUGGUAUUUGUUAGUUUUUCUGUUGAUACUAAUUUUUAGUGACACCUUUUUGUGAAAAAGGAUAAAAAAAACAAGAGGAUAUGUGAAUUUUUGGAAAAAUGUGUGACGCAAUUAUUUUCAUAUCUUUAUACUUGAGAUGAAAGAGAGAGAGAGCGAGAGAAAGAAAGAGAAAAAGGACGUGGAAAAGAUUUAAAUUAAAAUAUUCAUAAUGAUAAUCAUGAUUAGAACAACUAUCCAAGAGUAUUGUUAGUGUUUUCUCUUUUUAUUUUCUUAAUUUUUCCCCCCAAAUAGCGCGGAGAAAUAACUAUUUAUUUAUUUUUUCCCUUCUAAAGGGCUGCGCACGAAGCUUUUUUAUGGUUGAACAAUUUUUUUGAGACUGCGUGAAGUAAACCAACAUUGACAAUUUACGUAAAAACUACUACAAAAUUUAUAACAAACUGCUAUAAAUUUUAAUGGGUGGAUUAAAAUAUAUUUAAGUGAAAUGAAUAGUAAACAGGCGAGAUUUCUUACAAAAAUCGUGAAAUUAGGCGUUUUUUUGCAUAAAAUUCGCCAAUAUCAUGAGGUUUCCUGAACAAGAAUUACCGUAAGAUUUUGCAUAAAAGUAGUCACAUUGAAAAGAUUCUUGCACAAAGAUUGCCAGAUCGCAUGGUUUCUUGGACAAAGAUUGCCAGAUUGCGAGAAUUAUUGCUCAAAAAUUGCCAGAAGGCGUGUUUCUUCCACAAAGAUUACCAGAUCGCAAAUAUUCUUACACAAAAUUUGCCAGAUCGCGUGUUUUUUGAACAAUGAUUGUGCAAUUGCGAGAAUCUUCAAACCAAAAUUUCCAGAUUGCAAGAAUUGUUGUACUAUAAAAGUUUGUUUGAAAGGAUUCUUGCACAAGGGUUGCCUAAUCGCGAGGAUCCUUGCACAAAAAUUGCCAGAUUGCAAAAAAAAUCUUCCACAAAUAUUUUCCAAAUCGCAUGGUUUCUUAUGGUGUCUACACAAUAGAACAGACCGUGCUUAUUAAAAGUCGCAGAUUAACGUGCUGGCAACACUAAUCCCUCAUUCACGGUGCCAUUAUGAAUAUUUUUGCCCCAAAAAGACAUAAUAGAAAGAAAAACUCUCAUAAAAAUAAGUUGUCUUCUUGAUAUCUUUGUCGGAAGACGAAUAACUGUUCACUAAACACCCUCUUACUUGAAUCUUGCGGCAAUAUGAAGAAAUUUAAAGAAAAUAUCAUUUCAAAUGACAAACUUCCUAAAUCGCGCGCAAACUCGAGAGAGAGAUAGAGACACAAAUAACUCACUUGACAAACGUCUGGCGGCGCUGCGAUUGCAAAAAAUCUCUGAAAUGCGACAAAAUAUUUUCUUCUCUAUUUUAUCCUUAUUAGCAGGUCGUGUCCCUUCUUGUAAUACGUACUUUUGCAUUCCUUAUUAACCAAAAUAGUGUUGUACAAAAGGAUUUUUCUCAAACUUAUCCUGAAUUUUGGGACAGCUCAAAAGAAUAUGAGUCUUCUAUCUCAAAAUUUCAUCCCAAUGUUUUUGUUGUAAUAUCGACAAGUAUUUACAAUUAACCCAAAUAGAUGUAUUCAACUAAAUUAUAAAAAGUAUUUUUUUGUGAAACUGACUUAACUUCAAGGAUUUAAACAAUUUUCACAUUAGAAACCUCCCAUUUUCUCUACGUGAAUUUUCGCGACAUUUCGAAGAAUCCCAACUGGCACCACCAGCACCACCAAAUUCACUUCGGCUAUUAUUUUAGCUCAGGCGUGCACUAGAAGCAAUUUUCGUCAAAAAUUGCUUUUUAAAAAAAAAUCUUACGUUUCUGCCUACAAGGACAGGGGAAAUUUUCUUUAAAAAGGCAUUAGUAGAGGCCAUUAAACAAAGAUUGUCCAAUUGCGAGGAUUCUUUCAUAAAAGUUGCCAGAUUGCGAGGAUCUUCGCACAAAGAUUGCCAGAUCGCAAGAAUUCUAAGACAGGGGUUGCCAGAUUGCCUGACUCUUCAUACAAGGAUUAUCCAACUUGCGAGAAUUCGUGCUCAAAGAUUGCUAAAUUCCGAGGACUUCUUCACAAAAAUUACCAGAAAUCGUAGUUUUUUGAACAAGGAAUAUUCAAUUGCGAGGAUUCUCGCAAAAAAAUGCCCAAUUCUGAGCAUUCUUGCACAAAGAUUACCCAAUUUUAAGGAUUAACAAAGAUUACCAGAUUGCAAGAAUUGUUGCACAAAGAUUUACAAAUCGCGUGGCUUUAUUAUCUGGCAUAAUGAUUUCCAGAUUGCGAGAGUCAUUGCACAAAUAUUGCCAGAUCCCAUAGUUUCUAGAACAAGAAUUAUCCAAGUUCGAUAUUUUUUCCAAAAUUUGCCAGAUUGCAAGAAUUGUUGUAGAAGAAAUGUCAGAUUGCGAGAAUUCUUGAACAAACAUUGCCAGAUCACGAGGAUUAUUACACAGGGGUUGCCUGAUUGCGUAACCUUUUAAACCAGGGAUGCGCAAGAACCGUUUCAAACCGAAUAAACGUCAAAAUGAGUUUGUUCAGAUAGCGUUAUGUCCAUUGGCGUACGAGUUUCAUUUGACACUUUUUCGUUUUCAAACGGUUCUUGCACACCUCUGUUUUAAACAAAUAUUGUCUAAUUGCGAGAACUGUUGUAAUUUUUUUCUGAACAAUUCUAUUUUCCCAACAACAAUUUCAGAUUUCUACAGCGGAAUAAGUUUUGGCUACAAUAAAAAUUAACAAAACGUCAGUCCUAUCCGAGAAUACCCCAAAAUUAAAGAAAAAUUACAUUUCAAAGCCUAUCUGCUUUUCCUACACAAAUUCCUAUGUCCUUGACCUAAUCAUUUUCCUUUGAAUCCUAAUAAAUUGCAAUAUGAUUAGCUAGAUAUUAAAAAAUAAUUCCUUUUAUUUUACUUACAAAAUUUUCGUCUUGUCUAAUGCAGACUCAAAAUGGCGAAUGCCUAUAUCUAUUCCAAAUAACCCUUCCCAAUUCUAAUAGACCUUUCCAAUGGAAUUCAAAAUUAUUUAAAAUCCUAACUGACAGCCUUUUCUUUUUAAAAUUAAUUUAAUUACCAACAAGAACUUUUAUCCUAAAAUUGAUAGAUUGUGAGGAUUUCCCAACUGCGAGCGUUCUUGCUCCAAGAUUGCUAAAUCUCGAGGAUUUUUGCAGAAAAAUUACCAGAAAGCAUAGUCUCUUAAAUAAGGAUUACCCAAUUGCGAGAAUUCUUGAAGAAGGAUUGCCAAAUAGCAAGGAUUCUUGGGCAAAGAUUGACAAAUCACGUGAUUUCUUGAACCAGGACUAUCCAAUUGCAAGAAUUCUUGCACAAGGCUUGCUAGAUCGUAUGGAUUCCUGAACAAAAAUUGCCUAAUUGCGGGAAUUCUUGUACAAAAAUUACUUAAUUGCGAGAAUUUUUGUACAGGAUUGCCAGAUUGCUAGAAUUUUUGUACAAGAAGUACCAGAUUGCGAGAAUUCCUUCACAAAGAUUGCCAGAUCGCAUGGUUUCUUGAACAAGUAUUGCCAGAUUCCAAUUUUUUUCACAAACUUUCACAAACAAUGACAAAUUUCUGUUACAAAAAUCUGUCUUUGUUACAAAAACUGCAAGAAAGCAAGUAAAAUAGAAGAUUUGUAAACCAGAAAUAAAGCUCCGUGCUAUGCCUUUAAGAAAAAUAUUUAUUUACGUGCUUUUCUUCCUCUUUAACAAAAAAAAAACAACCUUUUUUUCAUAGGAGAAAAAGCAAAACAGCAAGAAAAGACGUUUAAUAGAUGGAAAUUAUCACAAAAAAAAAUUCAAAAUAAAAUAAACAGAGACAUAAUAAAUUCUUACGGUAUACCAAUAGUGUAUGACUAAUUUGAAAUUAUUAAUCAUAUAUUUAGAGAAAAAAGAAAGAUGAGAUGAGAGAGAAAAUAAUUAAAUAAAAUUGAUGUUAGUACGAGAACCACAGAAUACUAAAAAAAAAAAAAAAAAACAAGAAAGAGCAUUAAAAACAUGUGAAUUAAUAAUUCCUUCCCCAUUCUCAAACACCCCCAUAUUGAAUAAAUGAAAUAUGGAUGCAAGCAAAACAAAAUAGAAAAAAUAUUACGUCUUAUUAAACUAAACACUAAAAAAAAUAUUUAAAAAAAGAAAAUUCCAUUUCCCAACAGCAAAAAAGAUACAAUAAAAAAGAACACAGAUUUCUUAACACACAUAAACCCUGGAAAAUCUUUUUUGUUUUAGUAAAUUGUCUUUUAGCUUUUACUUGGAUAACGAGAAAGGUGUAACUAAUUUCUUUUUGUAUUUAUUGUCUUAAUAAUUUUUUUUCAAAUGUAAACACUUCCAGAGCCAAAGAAAAAGAGCAAGUGAAUUUACAAGAAUGAGAGAUAACAGCAAUUUAUUUAAUAAUUUUAUAAUUAAAGAAAAAAUAAUCCUGGAUAUUAGGAAAGAAAAGCAUAAUAUUCAUCCUAUUUUCCCUUCAGUUCAAUUUAAUGGCAAGGAAAAAGGUUUUUUGAGAAAGUAAAAUAUUAAGAAAAAAAGAAUGUAUUCUAAUUUGUAAGUAUAUAUUUAAUUGUAAAUACUGAUAUUAUUUAAAAAAGUGAAGAAUUUACCUUUUUAAUUGUCGUAAAUGGAAAAAAAAGAUGAAUCCGUGCAAAUACACACCGUAUAUUAUACACAAAACAAGAAAAAAAUACACAUUAUUUAAUUAAUCCUAUGAAAUAAAAAAAAUACAUGAAGAUUUAAUCAGAAUUUUUAAGAGUAUAAUGAAGAAAAACCAAGUGAAAACAUAGAUUCAGUGCAUGAAUGAAGCUUAAUUAAUGACAUAAUAAGUAAAAUGAAAAAUUAAAAUAAAUAAUCUACAAAAAAAAAUAUUGCAUAAACAGAUUAAUUACACAAGAUAAUUUUUUUUCAAUAAACAAUUUAAUUUAUUGACAAAUGAUAAUAGGAAAAAAAUCACUCUCGCAAUGGAGACAUGAUAACCCAUUUUAUUUACAAACCCUCAAUUGAAUUCAUUUCCCCAAACUUCUCCCCCUUAAAAAAAAAACAAAUCAAUUGAGAAAAAUGUACAAUUUUAUUUUAGUAAUACUUUUUACCUGUUAAUGCGAUGAGAUAUUAAUUUUAAAUGUUGCAUAAAUUACCCAUCAUAAUUAUUCUCUACUUAUAAUUAUUCUUAUUGUGUAAUUUUCAAGAUAAAACAAGAGUAAACAUUGUGUAGGUACAAAAAAAAAAGAAAACGUGAAAGAGAACAAAUAUUCUUAAAGUGAAAAAAAAUCUAGCUAAACAGCAUUUACCUUUAAAGAAAAAAAAUAUGUGUAUGUGUAUAAAAAAACAUAUUGGAUUAUGAAAAUUAAGUUAAAUUACUGUAUAAUUUCAUUUUCCUAGAAUUGUUUUUAUUAUUUUUUCCCAUUGAUAAUGAAAAAAAAGCAAACAACAAUAUUGUGAGCAGUUGAAAAAUAUAAUGGAAAAAAUGAUUUUUUUUAGUAAUCAAAUAAGUUUGGCUUCAUUGUCACCGUGUACCAUUGUAUGGGAUAUAAAAAAUAUAAUAGUUGCAUAAUAAA